AUGGAGGCACUUCUCAGUUCGGGAUACAACAAUGGCAAUCGAGCCUUCCUGCAAGCCCUUAUGGCUCGAGGAGCCUUGACCUUUGACGAAGCAUGCCCAAUCAUCGCGGGAAUCUGGGAAGCAGAGGGACGGGAAGGGCGGCAUGAAGUCACCGAGGAAGAUUUUACGCGUUACCUUUCGAAAGCAUCUGAAGCUGCUUCAAUAUACGAUUAUGAAAUCCGCACCACCAUUCAUCAAGUCACCAGAGACCGAAUCUAUGCUUUUGUCAACACACGAUCCGACCCCCAGACCCAGCUCGCUACGACCUUUGCUCCCGAAGAGCUCUCAUUCAUCAAGCGCCUGUUUGAUGCAAUCUUCGAAACAUACAAUUCACCACGAAUGGAAAUCAUGGCGAUCACACAGAUGCAGGCGAUGAAGGUCGCCCGGCCGCCAAAUCGGAAUCAGAUCUCGGACGAUGCACCAGAGGCCACACAGACAUCAGUCGACAAAGGAUUGAAACAUAGCGAGGUCGAGACGACUCUCUCCAAUCUUGUCCUUGGGGGGUGGCUGGAGCGAAGCACGGAAGGAUUUUACAGCCUCACCCCUCGUGGUUUACUGGAACUGCGACCUUGGCUGAUCGAAACAUACAACGACGACGGCGGCGAUUGGCAGCGAAUCAAAUUCUGUGAGGCAUUUGGGUUUCGAUGCAACGAGCCGAGCUGUCUGUUGCGGCUACAUGAGCAUUGUGGAGACAAUUUCUGGCGAAUCCACGGUGGUCAAGCAUGUCCCAAGUGUUCCACGCCGUUUGAUGGGACAAGAUAUGUUGGCGAGCGGGCGGUGACACAGACCGAUUCUUAUGCUCGAGGGCGGCGGCGGCCCGCGAAAAGCUCACAGGGCCGACGAAGCUCGGCUAUGAACCACGCAGACGAGGAGGAGGAUGAAUAA